AUGUGGGAUUUUUCGGUUGGUGAUCGCAUACUAUCUGCUGUUCGUCGUUCUGAUUAUUCAAUAUUAGCUAUAUGUUCGAAACGCAAAACUUAUGACAUCCAUAUGCCGAUUAGUAAUAACAGCGACGUAAAGUAUAUAUACUUAUCACUACAAAUAUGGAUGAAUACAAUUUACUAUCCACAGUUUCAAUGUUAUCCACAUUUAUAUAUACAUGCUACUAGUCGUGGUUCUCAUUUUGCAGGCUUGUUAAGUAGAAUUUUACCUAUUCAAGCACAAAUUCUCUAUAGUUAUCCUGGACAUCGAGAAUCAAUGUUUAUUCCUUCAAUGUAUGAUGUUGAUAUGCAAACACGACUUUCACUUGAUCCAACAUUUUCAAAUUGGUUCUAUUUCGAUUUUUGCUACAAUAAAUCAAUUAAGCAUAUAAAUGAUCAGCGUUUAUGUCCAUUUCAAAGUGACAAUCAUUAUUAUUCUCCAGUUCCACCUACUUUUUUUACUGUUUUGGAAAAGGAUCCAUAUCAGCGUGUAAAAUCAUAUACUAAAUUUAUUAUGCGCAUUCAAAGUAAUUCUUUUGAUCUUGGAGGAAAACUAUUAGUUCAUAAGGAAGCAAUGCAACUUGAUAUAUUAUCUCCUGUUAAACUAAGUGCUAGUUAUAUGCAAGAAAAUUUUCAUAUUUGGUGUUCAAAACCUCAUGCGUCUCAAUUUUUCUUUGAACACUAUACAAAUUCAGUACUAUUUAAUACUAAUGAUUCAAAACGACAAACAUGCUGGUGUUCAAAAAUAGAUUUUUCAUAUUUUGAAAUAAUGCCUAAUGUAACAAAGUUAUGGUCAAUAAAAAAACAAAAUGAAUAUAGUGAAUAUGCAAGUGACAUUAGAAUAUUUCAAGAUGAAUUUUGCGAAGAAGUUUGCGGGGAUUUAAUGACAACACAUUCAAUGGUCUCUCGAAAUAUUUAUAAAAUGCUCAUUUGGAUUAAUAAAAUGAAUUCUGUUCGGCGCUCACUCUAUAUUGAUGAUUAUCUAAAACGACCUUUAAGAAUAUGGAUGUAUGACAAACAUUCACUAAUCAACAAUUCAACAUAUUUCUCAUCUCUAAAAGUAAAUUGGAAAAAUAUAGCAAAUGAACAUCAAAUGUAUUCACCUGAAUAUUAUCUUCAAGACUAUUUUCAGCGUUUAAAUCAAUCGAGAAAAAUUUCUCGCCACCAUCAUUUCCAAUGGGCUAAUAAUCCUCUUCUUGCUGAUUAUUUCAUUAUUCCUAGUGAUUUUAUGUUUUUCUAUUUCCAUCAUCAACCAUCGACUUUAAAUGAUCAACAAUUUAAUAAUUUAUACGUAGAUUUAAAUGAAAAUUACAUGAGCAUAUUAUUAGCAAACGUUUGCACAAAGUUUUCCUACUGGACACUAGCUCCGAACAAAGAUCAAAUAGGUGCUAAUCAUAUUCUUAUCAUUCCAAGUGGUAGAAACAUGGGAAUUUUAUAUAAUGAAACUCAAAUGCUACUAAAAAAUGUUAUCCAAUUAGCGUUCACUGGUAUACGAGCCGAUUUAUUACCAUCAGGUACACCGCCUCAGUAUGUAUACAGAAAUAUAUAUAUUACUUAUCGACAUCAGUAUGAUGUUAUUAUACCUCAAUCUACAUUAUUACAAUGGAGAAGAAACAAGUCUGAUGAUUUAGAUACUUUGAUAAAGAAAAAGAACCAAAUAUUUUACUUUGCUGGAGCUCUUGAUCAUAUAGCUUCGUAUCAAUCAGCACGUUCGUUAUUAUCAUCGAUAAAACAAGAUAUUGAUCAAAAACAAAACUAUAAAACAUCGAUUCAAAUUCAAGGAAAACAAUAUAAUAUUAUUAAAAUAAUUAGUGGUCAUAUAAAAUCUUAUGAAUAUAUUCAAUCAGUUCAAUCCAGUGUUUUUAUUUUGUGCCCUGAAGGUUUUCUUCCAUGGUCACCUCGCAUGUACGAAUCCAUCCAAUUAGGCUCAAUUCCAAUGUUAUUAGCUGACAAUAUUGUACUUCCAUUCGAAAGAUUCAUAGAUUGGCGGUCAUUUACCGUUAAACUCAAUGUUAGUAAUAUAAAAAACAUAACUAGUUUUGUUGAUCGCAUAGAAAAAUUAGAACAAUAUAUAGAACGAAAAUUGGCUAGCGCUCUACCAUAUUUAUAUGCAUUUCGAUGGCCAUAUGUGAUUGUUGGCAAUAAUGAAACUAGACAACAUGUCUUCGACCCACAAGAAGAUUUGAAUGAAACAAUUAGCAAUGUUUUUUAUUAUAUAUCAUUAGAAUUACGAUGUCGUCGAUUGGAACAAUUCUAUGGAUUUACAGUAGAAAGUUCAACAUCAAAAUCAAUGAAAGCUCAACAACUUGCAUGCACAAAACAUCCAACUGUAUGUCCAUGUCAUGAUGAAAAACGAUCUGUAGCAUUUCAAGAAUAUAUUUAA